AUGUCUGGAUUUACGGCACUGAAUGGCUCCUCUCCCAAGGUUGCGCCCAAGCCUGUGACUUCUAGCUCGGACCCCGACACUCAAAAUGUGACUGCCGAUGAGCAACCCAAAGCACCCGCCUCGACUCCCGCACCGGCUGUCGAAGCUGCUCCGAUCCAAGCUGCCGCUCCGCAAUCAGCUUCAACACCCGCUUCAGCAUCCGCCUCAGCACCCGUUCCCACUACUAAGCUUUCCACCGAACUGCCGUUCCCUCUUGCGGCCCCCGCCUCUGAAAUUGCCGUGGCUGCGCUUGCUUCAGCCUCUGAGGCUCAAUCACCGAACCAGCGUGAGAGCUGGCCUACCCAGGGCUUGGAGCGCACCCCUCCUGUGCCGGCACCAAGUGAAAGCGACUCUUCCAACAAACGCAAGCGGUCUCAUUCGAAUGAGGGCAGGACCCAACUUCCCACCCAACCUGUCAAAAGAAUCCAGAAAGCAACUGAUCGCACGCACGAGCGUACCCCGGAGUCUGCAACUGUCACCUCGCAGUCCAAUGGUGAUUACUAUGGAUCCGAAUCUCCAACCGGCGAGGGGCACGUAUCGACGUCCCCUCAGCAUCAGUCUUCGCCCCCGUCCGUUCCAAUUCGUGCCUCUGCCGAGCACCUCUCCCAGCGUCAGGCGAGUGGGCAAGUCGAAUACACCCCUGUGACACCUCAGAACAACGGCCAGGCUCUCGCUCAAUACCAAAGCCCUUCCUACUCGGAAUCCCGCUCUGGCGCGGUUGUGCAGCAUGACCCUAAGAAACGAAAGCGCAAUUUUAGCAACCGAACCAAGACUGGUUGCCUGACAUGCCGUAGAAGGAAGAAGAAGUGUGACGAGGCGAAGCCGGAAUGCAACAACUGUAUUAAGGGUGCCUUCGUCUGCGCCGGAUACCCACCUCAGCGAGGUGCGGGCUGGCCCAAGCUGGUCGAAAAUAAGCCUGGAGGCGUCCCUCUCGAAUCAAAGGAUCCCAACUAUGUGCCACCCGGUGCCUAUGGCAUGCCUGCAUCGCCGUACACGUCCUCACAAGCUGCGAAUAACGGCCAACCAAGCGGCCCUAAGCGCGAGCCCCUUCCCCAAUACCGCGGUCAGAACCUUCGUAUUGAACCCCCCAAGGGAGCGGAUGCCCCGUCUGGUAGUCCUGAGCACAAGCAACCACCGGCUCCCUUCACGCCUGGAGCCAACGCGUAUCCCACUCCGGUAUCAGCCAACACUCAACCACCCGCUUUUGGUGAUCGUGUCACUAACGACUACCAGCGACACCACGAGGGUCACGCACCGCCGGUAUCAAGCGCUCAGAUAGCUGCCCAGAUGGCACUUUCACACGCCCAGGCACAACCUCAUAGCAUGACUGUUGCGCCUUAUGACCAGAGACGCCCUACCCAGAAAGAGGAAAUGCUACAGGGCGGCUACUUUUACCAGUACGACACUGAGCUGAGCCUGGAACGAGAUCGUGCGGCCACUGCGUGCUGGCGUUUCAACAAGCUGACUUACCCCCCCACCAACGGUGUCUCUACCGAGGAGCGUGCUCGCCUGUUCCUUGAGAUUAUACAGCCGCGUGAAUCUUCGUCCUUUCCCGCUGAAGAGGCUUCUGGUCGCAGCAAUGUUGGCCGCGUUGGACGCCACGUUGCCGUUGAAUCCCCCUUUCACUGUGACUAUGGUUACAAUAUCAGCAUUGGCAACAAUGUCUCCAUCGGGAAGGGCUGCACCAUGAAUGAUGCGGGUAAGAUCCAAAUCGGUGACAACUGCAUCAUUGGACCCAAUGUCAGCAUGUAUACCAUUGAGCUGUCUACUGAUCCUAAGCACCGUCAGGGUGGCCAUGGAGCUCAAUUGGGUAAGAGUAUCAUUAUUGACUCGGACUGUUGGAUCGGUGGAGGUGUGAUCAUUAUGCCUGGAAAGGUUAUCGGAAAAGGCUCUACCGUCGGCGCCGGCUCGGUUGUUACCAAGGACGUGCCCCCUUUUACUGUUGUUGCUGGCAAUCCUGCGCGUGUUUUGCGUGGGGUGGCUUCCAUUUAG